AUGAUUCAGAAUUAGCAAAUGUAAGCUGGUAUUCAGCAAUAAUAACAAUAGUAGACAUAGUAGUAAUAGAUUACUUAGCAGUAAAUGAAUCAAAUUAAUUAGUAGUAACAAUAGUAGGCUUAAUAGUAACAGUAACAAUAGGUUCCUGUUAGAAGAAAAGAACCUUAGAUAUCAGCUGCCACUAAAGAUAGGGCUGAGGCUGCUAAAGCUUACAUAGAGAGAAAAUAUGCUAUGAUGCUGUAAAAAGAGAGAGAAAAUAAAGAAUACUGGAAUGAAUUAAAUAAGAAAAUGUAAGAAAUGCAAUUUACACCUUAAGAAUAAACUAUAAUCAAAAGAGAUGUUUUGUAAAAAGAAUCUGAAAACAAUAGAAGAUUGAGAUAAAAAAAAGGGACAAAAGACUAUGAUCCAGUAAGUAUUAUUGGAAGAGGUGCAUUCGGUGAAGUUAGAGUUUGUAGAGAUAAAUAAACAUAAGAGAUAGUUGCUAUUAAAAGAAUGAACAAAUUAGAAAUGUCUAAUAAAACUUAAAUUGGGCAUAUAAGAUCUGAAUAGUAAGUUCUAUCAUCAACAGGAAAUCCCUGGAUUGUUGAGUUGAAAAGCUCAUUCUAAGAUGAAAAAUACUUAUAUUUAGUGAUGGAGUACUUAGCUGGUGGAGAUUUAAUGAAUGUACUGAUUAAGAAAGAUAUUCUCACAGAAGAAGAAGCUAAGUUUUAUACUGCAGAACUAGUUUUGGCUAUAGAUUCUGUUCAUAAAAUGAAUUAUAUUCACAGAGACUUAAAACCGGAUAAUAUCCUUAUUGCUAAGGAUGGUCAUAUUAAAUUAUCAGAUUUCGGUUUAUGCAAGCAAACAGAAAUUAAGCCUAAAAUUGAAUUCGGAAAAAAAGAGAAUAUCGAUGCUGCAAAAUUAGAUCCAAAGGUGCUUUUAACUAAAAGACCAGCUAACUACUAAAGAAAUAGAUAACUUGCAUUUUCUACUGUAGGAACUCCUGAUUACAUUGCUCCAGAAGUUUUUGGGCAAAAUGGUUAUACAGAAACUGUUGAUUGGUGGAGCUUAGGAGUUAUACUAUUCGAAAUGUUAGUAGGUUAUCCUCCUUUCUUUAGUGAUGAACCUCCAAUCACAUGCCAAAAAAUCAUGCAAUGGAAAAAAACUUUUUAAAUUCCACCAGAAGCUAACCUUUCUCCAGCUGCUGCUGAUUUAAUUAGGAAAUUAAUUGCUGACUCCUCUGAAAGACUCGGUAUCAAUGGUGUGACAGAAAUAAAAAUCCAUCCUUUCUUUGUUGGUGUUGAUUGGAAAAGAAUGAGAGAAAAAACUCCUCCAUAUAUUCCAGAAGUUAAGUCCAGUGAAGAUGUUAGUAAUUUUGAUAAAUUUGAUGAAGAAGGUGAUCCAUGGGGUAAUGAUGAUAAAAAGAAAAAAAACAUUAAGCUUGAUAGAAACUUCUUUGGUUAUGAGUUUAACAGAGAAGCAGAAACUCAAUAAAAUCCUGUUUUGAUAGCAAUCGAUACUCUUGAACAUACAAAAGCAAAUUCACCAAGGCUAACAAAUAACUCUUAGAUGCCUCAAUAGAUUAACGCUUAAUCUAUUUAAUAGUAAUAAAUGACAUAGCAAAUUCCUGUUCAAUAACCUUUUAGGCAAUAGAACUACUCUCCCAUAAACCUAACAUCACGAAAUGAAAACGUUUUGUAGAGCUAAGUUAAUAUGUAAAAUAAUUUAAUCAGUUAGAAUAAAUAGGUUUAAUAGUAGCAACAGUAGUAAUAAUAAUAAUAAUAAUAAUAAUAUUAAUAUUAAAACGGGACUCAGUAAUAAGGAAAUAACUAAAAUAAUAAUCUUAUAGCUAAUAUGAAUAUUAACAAUAUGUCUCCUAGAGAAAAUAUAAAUAGCAACUUCAUGCAUCAAAAUAAUCAUAUGGAUGAAAAUGUUAAAGCUUACUCAACUAAAAAUGCUCCCUUUUCUUAAAAAUCAUAAAGCCCAGCAAAUUUAUAAAUGGUAAACAGAUAAAAUUCUCCUCUGAAUUAACUCUAAUAGAAAAUGAUGUAAAUAUCUUAAUAAAAUGUUGCAGCUGCUAUCUCUAAUUCUGGUUCAGGAAAAUCUUCUCCAAGAGCAACUAAUUAUUAACCUUUCUUUAAGGCACCUUAAAAUGUAUCUAAUAAGCAAUCUUCUCCUAAAAACUAAAAUCCUUCACCACCAAAUUAUUCUCCAAACAAUAGUCACAAUAAUAUUAAUACAACUACUAUGUAAUACAACUAUGCUUAGAAUCCAAUUAAAAAAAGUGGUGGAAUAAACAAUAACUUACCUAAUUUAUCAUCAAAUAAUAGUGGAGGUUCUCCUAAGAACUUUUAAGUACCUAAAUAUGGAUACAACUUCUUGGCUAAUAAAACCAUUACUAAUACUAACCCAGGUAGUCCAAGGGGAGGUUCUCCAAAUUCUGGUAUGAAUAAGAAUCCUAUUAUUAUGAAUAAGUGA